ACAGUCGUAUGUACUGGGACAUCCACGGUGGCCUUGAGAUACCAUCAUCGAACUGACCAGCCCCAGUUCCCUUCUUCCGCAUCAUCUGUUCAGAUUGCGUGCGUAAAAAAAUCCUUCACUUCCAUCGUCCAGGGGCUCCUACUUAUACCUACUGAGGCUACGUCCCUCUCUCCCACCCUCCUAUUCUUUCUCCCUUCUUACUUAGUUCUUCUCCUUCCGCCGAUCUAUCUCGACUUCUAUCUCCAUCACUCUAGAUAUCCCGUCUGUUUGUUAUUAUAAUCUAAUAACUAAUAAGGGAGGUAGAAACUGCGCCUGUGUUUCCUUGCAAAGAGUCGUGGCAAAGCUCACGGGUAAUGCCACGCGGGGGAAAGAGGCGCGUAGCGAUGGCGUCGUCGUCGUCGUCGGCGGCGGUGACGAACGCGGAAGAUGCCGGGCCAGGGGGAGACGUCGACGUUACUGCGGAUGAUACGUCGAAGGCUCGAAUCACAGAAUUGGAGCAAGCGCUGCGGAAAUGUGAAGCGGAGCUGGCGGCGAGGGGUAAGCACUACGAGGGGAAACUGAUGACGAUGUCUGUAAUCAACGGCGCGCUGCAGGCGGAAAACAACAAGCUGAAGGAGGCGGCUGCGAGCGCCCAAGAGCCAAUGGAGCUAAGGCAAGAGCUGGAAGAAUUGCAGGAAGAAUUCACAAGACGGCUUGGGAUCGCAGAGAGAACGGCCUCGACGAUGAGAGAUGAGUGUUUUGGACUUCGACAACAAGUUGAAGAUCUGAAGAAGAGAGAAGCAGAGACUUUGCAGAAAGCCCAAGAGAAGGAGGAGAUGGCGACGAAGUGCGGCUCAGAGAACGAACGACUACAUAAGAAGAUGACGGAUCUGGACGUUACGCUGAGGAGACUGAAGGCUGAUGUGUUGAAGGCAGAGCAAGAUCGAGGCAUAAUGGCUGCGAGAUUGCAGGCGAUGGAAGCAGCUGCACAGUCGGAGGAGAUCAACAGGUCGAUGAGCCUUGAGGAAAUGAACGAGGCUUUGGAGGCAGCAAGGAGCAGCCUUGUGGAGCAGAAGGAAUUCUACACCAAGGCUUUGGCCAAAGCACACCAGGAGGCUGCUGAAGAGAUCGAAAGGGUGAGGGAGGAGGCAAUCGAGAAGAUCUCCCAGAUGGAGAAAGCACAUGCGGAGAGCGAGAAUGCCUUCACUGCCAAUCUAGACUCCUUUCGACAGAGUCUGGCUAUGGUGAGCCAAGAGGCAUCUGAGAGAGAAGAAAUCUUAAGGCGGAACCUCAGGGACCUGGAGACGAAGCUGAGGCAAGCGGUACAUGCGCAAGAAGAGGCUGUUGCAAACCUGGCUGAGAGAAAUCUGCCUCUGGUCAGACAGAUCGAAGGGCUGUCCAUGCAGCUUGCCAAAAAGGACAUGGCCCUGGAGAAGAUGGAGAUGGAGUGGAUGCAGAGAUUGCAAGAGGCAGAGAUCAAAGCCGCCCAGGCAAAGAAGGCACAGCAGAGGGCAGAGGCAGCCGUUACAGCAGCAGAAAACAAGGCGGAGUUGACUGAGAAAGCAGUGGCUGAGCUCAGGGGGGAGGUUCUAGUGCUUCAAGGAGAACUUAGGCAGGAGGAGAAACAGCGCAAGUCCAUACAGGCGGAGUACGAGAGGGUGCAGGAGGAGGUGGAGUCCUUGGAAAGGGCCAAAGAGCAAGCGGCAGUGCAUUUGGCCAAUGCAAUCAAGUCAAAGGAGGAAGCAGGGAGGGAGCUGCAACAGUUGAAGAAGGACAGUGAGGCUUUGCUGGAGAAAGAGCGGAGGAAUUGGGAAGCAGAAAAAGCUACCCUCGAGUCGGCGAACAAGGAAACCAGCCUACGACAUCGCUUGCGCUGGAUGUCCUUUGAUGAAAGGGAAAUCAACGGUUCAAUUCUGAUGAUGGGAGAGGAGGGGGCAGCCAAAAUGAUGCUCACCCCUCCAGUGCCAGCAUCAUCAUCAUCAUCAUCAUCAUCAACGACAACAACCACAACAACGACAACAACAACAACAACAGCAAUUUCAAGAUCUCCUAGUGGUGGAUUUAUCAAGGACUUAGAUAAUCUUGGCAAACACCUCACAGGUGGCAGUGCUGCAGCCACAGAGCUACUCACUUCGAAGAUACGUCAACUGCAGGGUGAAAUGGCGCAGCUGCAGAGGGAAUUGGCUGCUGCACGGUUCGCUCGGGACCAUGCCUCAGAGGAAUUGUUGAAGGUAUCACAGCGUCUGUAUGACCUGGAGCAGGAUGCAUUCUCAGCGCCUAAGCUUCGAGCGGAAUUGGACGAGCUUAAGAAAAGGCAUGAUGUGGCCCUGGUUAUCAUCGGUGAACGCAAUGAGAGGGCCGAGGAGCUGGAAGCAGACAUGGCAGAUGUCAAAGCCCUGUACAGGGAGCAAGUCAACUUGCUUGUCAGCCAAAUCGAUCCUGAGAAAUGGCCUAACGGUUACCGCAUCUGCCUGUUCUGCCCCCACUGCGCUCAGGUUCAGUCGCAAUCUCGCCGGUCCAAAUGCGACAAGCAGCAAAGAGCAUCCUAGAAGAAGUCAUCCCCAGUUUUUUCCUCACCUCCUGCACUGAUUUCUUCCUUUGGUUAUCAAUCAAUUCCUAUUAUGUGC